AGGAGCUGGGCGGAGCCAGGGUGACGUUGCGCCUCAAUUCAGCCCUGCAGCAAGAAAAGAAAGAAGGAGAAAAGGAAAACAAUCUGGGCGCAGAGGAGCGGAGCUGGCAGAGCAAUGCAGUGCCCAGUGAGUGCCGCGGCUCUGCAGCUCAUCUCAUCCCCAUGAAGGGGAGUCGGUGCCGGACUCAGAGCAGCGAGCAGAGCGCAUAGAGCAGGAAUCAUGUCCAGGUUUAAGAAGGACAAGGAGAUCAUCGCUGACUAUGAGAACCAAGUGAAAGAGAUCCGCAGCCAGCUGGUGGAGCAGUUGAAGUGCCUGGAGCAGCAGUCGGAGUCCCGCCUGGCCCUUCUCCAGGAUCUACAGGAAUUCUUCCGCAGGAAGGCGGAGAUUGAGCUGGAAUACUCGCGGAGCCUGGACAAACUGGCAGAGAGAUUCUCUUCUAAGCUGCGCAGUGCCCGCGAGCAACAUCAUUUCAAGAAGGAUCAGCAUCUUCUCUCCCCUGUGAACUGCUGGUAUCUGGUUCUGACUCAGACCCGGCGGGAGAGUAAGGACCACGCCACUCUGAAUGAUAUCUUCCUAAAUAAUGUGAUAGUCCGACUCUCGCACAUCAGCGAGGAUGUCAUGCGCCUCUUCAAAAAGAGCAAAGAGAUUGGACUCCAGAUGCACGAAGAACUGGCAAAGGUCACCAAUGAGCUGUAUACGGUGAUGAAGACAUAUCAUAUGUACCAUGCUGAGAGCAUCAGUGCUGAGAGCAAACUCAAGGAUGCCGAGAAGCAGGAGGAGAAGCAGUUUAGCAAAGUGGUGGAGCUCACCUCCAAUGCCCUGCGGCUCGAGGAGCGACCACAGAGACGCAGCUCGGUCAAGAAGAUUGAAAAGAUGAAGGAGAAGAGACAAGCCAAGUACUCCGAAAACAAAUUGAAGUGCACAAAAGCCAGGAACGAGUAUCUCCUGAACUUGGCUGCUACCAAUGGCUGCAUCAGCAAGUACUACAUCCAUGAUGUGUCUGAUCUAAUAGAUUGCUCGGACCUUGGCUUCCAUGCCAGCCUUGCCCGCACUUUUCGCACAUACCUCUCUGCUGAGUACAACCUGGAGACGUCGCGGCACGAAGGCCUCGAUAUCAUUGAGAAUGCUGUGGAUAAUCUCGACGCCCGCAGUGACAAGCACAAAAUCAUGGACUUGUACAACCAGGUCUUUUGCCCCCCACUCAAGUUUGACUAUCAGCCUCACAUGGGGGAUGAGGUUUGCCAGGUGAGUGCCCAGCAGCCGGUACAGAUGGAGCUGCUCAUGCGAUAUCACCAACUGCAGUCCCGACUUGCUACCCUGAAGAUAGAGAACGAGGAAGUACGGAAGACUUUGGAUGCCACCAUGCAGACCCUGCAGGACAUGCUGACAGUGGAGGACUUUGAUGUGUCCGAUGCCUUCCAGCACAGUCGCUCUACAGAAUCCAUCAAAUCGGCUGCCUCUGAGACCUAUAUGAGCAAACUCAACAUCUCCAAGAGGAGGGCCAACCAGCAAGAGACUGAGAGCUUUUACUUCUCGAAGUUUAAAGAGUACUUGAAUGGAAGUAACCUCAUCACAAAGCUUCAGGCCAAACACGACCUUCUGAAACAGACUCUAGGAGAAGGAGAACGAGCAGACUAUGGAACCACUAGGCCCCCAUCACUCCCCCCUAAGCCCCAGAAAAUGAGGAAACCCCGGCCUCGAUCAUCCUAUAACCUUAAGCUCUUUAAUGGGAACAUGGAGCUGUUCAUUAAGGACUCAGGCCAAGCAAUCCCUUUGGUGGUGGAGAGCUGCAUUCGGUACAUCAACUUAUAUGGUCUCCAGCAGCAGGGGAUAUUUCGAGUUCCAGGCUCUCAGGUUGAAGUUAAUGACAUCAAGAAUUCAUUUGAAAGAGGUGAGGACCCGCUUGUGGAAGAUCACAGUGAACGUGACAUUAAUUCGGUGGCGGGUGUGUUGAAGCUGUACUUCCGAGGCCUGGAAAACCCACUCUUUCCUAAGGAAAGGUUUCAAGACUUGAUAUCAACAAUCAAGAUAGAAAACUGUUUAGAGAGGGUGCAUCAUAUCCGACAGAUCCUCAUCACGUUGCCCAGAUCCGUCCUGGUGGUCAUGAGAUACCUCUUUGCCUUCCUCAACCAUUUAUCACAGUACAGCGAUGAGAACAUGAUGGAUCCAUACAACCUAGCCAUCUGUUUUGGACCAACCCUGAUGCCUAUCCCAGAUGGGCAAGAUCCUGUGUCUUGCCAAGCACAUGUCAAUGAGGUCAUCAAAACCAUCAUCAUCAGCCACGAAUCCAUCUUCCCCAGUCAUCGUGAGCUGGAGGGGCCGGUAUAUGAAAAGUGCAUGACCGGAGGAGAGGAUUACUGUGACAGUCCCCACAGUGAGCCGGGUGCUAUCGAUGAGGGUGACAACGGCACAGAGCCUCACACUAGUGAUGAAGAGGUGGAGCAGAUUGAGGCUAUCGCUAGGUUUGACUACGUGGGACGGACUCCCCGAGAGUUGUCCUUUAAGAAGGGGGCAUCCCUGCUUCUGUACCACCGCGCGUCUGAAGACUGGUGGGAGGGGCGUCACAAUGGGGUCGAUGGCCUUAUACCGCAUCAGUACAUUGUGGUGCAGGAUCUGGAUGAUGCAUUUUCAGACAACCUUAGCCAGAAAGCAGACAGCGAGGCCAGCAGUGGGCCCCUACUUGAUGAUAAGGCCUCCUCCAAAAAUGAUAUCCACUCCCCUACUGAGCAUCUGCAGGAAUACAGCUUCCCUGGAGUGUUGGGCAGGGUGAGACUGAGAUCUGAUGGAGCUGCCAUACCACGAAGAAGAAGUGGCGGUGACAACCACAGUCCCCCCCGACCUCUAGGUCCUUGUAUAGAUACCCCUCCCAGAGCCGCUGCCUGUCCCAGCAGCCCACACAAGCUGUCCCUAAACAGAGGAAGGGUGGAUAGUCCUGAGAAGCGUCGGAUGGCAACCUUUGGCAGUGCCGGGAGCAUUAAUUAUCCUGAGAGGAAGGGUCUGAGUGAUGGAAUCUCCCUGCGUUCAGUAACCGGAGGAACCAGACACAGCAGUCUGGGGGACCACAAGUCUUUAGAAGCUGAAGCUCUGGCUGAGGACAUUGAAAAGACGAUGAGCACGGCCCUGAAUGAGCUGCGUGAGCUGGAGAGACAGAACACGGCCAAACAGGCUCCUGAUGUGGUGCUGGACACAUUGGAACCCAUGAAACACCCGGUACUGGGCACCCCCAAUUCUGAACCAGUUAGUCCUUUGCACACUAUUAUGAUCCGCGACCCUGAUGCUGCCAUGAGGAGGAGUAACUCCUCUACUACAGAGAUGAUGACUACAUUUAAGCCUGCCCUGUCGGCACGCCUUGCUGGGUCUCAGUUGCGCCCCCCACCUGUAAGGCCGGCAAGGCCCAUGGUCCAGCACAGGUCUAGUAGCAGCAGCAGCUCUGGGGUGGGAAGCCCGGCACUAACACCAACAGAGAAGGUGUUCCCCAGCAACCCGUCUGAGAAAUCAGGGACCAUGUAACUGCCCCCUGAACCCAUUAUCCUGGAUCCUCCUGUGGUAUUCUCUGUAUGGUACAGCUGAGAACUGGAUCAGGGGGACACAGAAGCUGAAAGAACUCAAGUGUUUACACUAAAGAGCCAGUUCCAGUAGUCUUAGAUAAAAUUCCCUUACCCAUGUCUGAAAUAUGGUUGUGUACAUACAUAUACUCCCUACAUGUGACUCCCCCUAUUCAUCUCCUCUCUUGCCAAUACAUCCAAUCUGUCCUUGCACCCAGGCAUACAGAUUCUUAGGCACCCAAUCACAUGUACAUAUCUCAUACAUACCGAAUAGUCUCUCUCUCUCUCUCCAUGCACUUAUAACCACAUGGUUCUUAUUCAAGAAGCUUUUUUUCCCCACUCAAGAUGCGUCUAUGUGCCCAUUAACAUGUAACCAUCUCAGUGGGGUCACUUCCUGUGCCCACCAUUCUCUUUGGAUUUAUCAGUUAGGCCCAUUAUCAACACUCCAGACCCCAGUCACUCAGUGACUGUUACACUGUGCACCCACUCACACAAGAUCUAACUCCAUGCACCCGCUCGCAGAGCAUCUUACACCAUGCACCCACUCACACAGCAUCUUACUCCUUGCACCCACUCACACAGCAUCUUACUCCUUGCACCCACUCACACAGCAUCUUACUCCUUGCACCCACUCACACAGCAUCUUGCACCCACUCACACAGCAUCUUACUCCUUGCACCCACUCACACAAGAUCUAACUCCAUGCACCCACUCACACAGCAUCUUACUCCUUGCACCCACUCACACAAGAUCUAACUCCAUGCACCCACUCACACAGCAUCUUACUCCUUGCACCCACUCACACAGCAUCUUACUUCUUGCACCCACUCACACAAGAUCUAACUCCAUGCACCCACUCACACAGCAUCUUACUCCUUGCACCCACUCACACAGCAUCUUACUCCUUGCACCCACUCACACAGCAUCUUGCUCCUUGCACCCACUCACACAGCAUCUUACUCCUUGCACCCACUCACACAAGAUCUAACUCCAUGCACCCACUCGCACAGCAUCUUACUCCUUGCACCCACUCACACAGCAUCUUACUCCUUGCACCCACUCACACAGCAUCUUACUCCUUGCACCCACUCACACAAGAUCUAACUCCAUGCACCCACUCACACAGCAUCUUACUCCUUGCACCCAAUCACACAGGAUCUUACUCCUUGCACCCAAUCACACAGGAUCUUACUCCUUGCACCCAAUCACACAGGAUCUUACUCCUUGCACCCACUCACACAGCAUCUUACUCCUUGCACCCAAUCACACAGGAUCUUACCUCAUACAACCAGCCACAGAGGAUAUUAUACCAUGCAUGCAUUGUAAACUGUUUAUCUCACCAUUUAUACCACUAUGAUAUAUCCGAUUAGACGUAUGUCAGCUGACUUGCUCUUUUUACCUUCAGUGGGCAUCAUUCAUAUCUAAACCUGAGCAGCAUUUUUUCUCCUUGCCCAUUUGUAAUACAAAUAUAUGUACCACACUGGAUCUUACCCCAGAGCUUUUCCCCAUGGACUCAUCUCAUGAACCUCUUCAUCUCAAGGAAUUGUACCAUAGUGAUUCUUAAAUCUUCAGUUGGCCUUAAGAUGCACUAAGACUCAGUACAAUUUAUACUGUAUGGCACUGCAUUUAUGCGUGUGUGUUGGCUUGGAUACGCCGGAGAUGAUAGAAAUAUGGAGGGAGUAGUCCAGUCAGGGCUGUAUGUUUUUAUCCCUCUGGGCUGUACUUGGGCACCAUGGAUUGUUGCUAAGAGAAUGGCAAUGAAUCAAACAAAAUGAGAAUUACCUGUGGAAUGCUGUAUUUCUCCUUGAGUUUUUACCCAUUCUGCCCUGCUCUUAAUCAGCUGGAUCUCAAAAUGCCUUUUCUCAGCCUGACAUUGUGGGUUUCCCCAAAUGAUUGGCCCGUCUGUAUGUUGUACCCUCGACUGUGGCUGCCAUGUGAGGGCCCUGCUGUCUGAUCUGCCUGGAGAAAAUGUAACUUUGUACAGGUUUAUGGAUUAGUUCUCUUAUUAAUCCUGUGUAGGCCCCAGGCCUAGUUAUUAUAAAUGUGUAUAUAUAUAUAUAAACAUAUAUAUAUAUAUAGUAGUUGAACGUAGGAUAAUUUGAAUUAUGCUUGAACUGAGUUCCUAGAAAGGCUGUUUGUGCUGCCACUGGAAAGGUGAUAUAUAUGUGUGUGUAUAUAUAUAGUAUAAAUGUUAUCAAUCCCUGACAUUUACCUCAGAAUUGUAUUCCAAUAACACCUUCCUUAUGAAUGUGGGACCUGGCAUUGACCAACAAAAGCUUUGUAUCCCCUAAAUGUAUCUGUGCAUGGGGUUAGAUACAGGGGCAGAGGUACUGUGCCUGGGGGCUAAUGUAAUCACAGGUGCAUAGUUUGACCUAGGUCUGAUACAGAAACCAAUCAUUAGGUAGAAUUUGCCCGUCAGCUGUGAAAGCAAACAACUGGUUGCUAUGGGUUACAAGAUGUAGCACUUAAUAUUGCAUUACGCCAUUGUUUGUAAAGUACCCUGAACAGGUGUAGGCCUGUGGGCAUUUACUCAGCAACCUCCACGUGACGUCACCAGUGUCUGCUAUAGGCAGAGAGUUUCCCAUUUAUAUAAGUGGCAUAUAGACAGCUGUGCUCCUCCCCCCUCUGCUAUAAGCCUUACUGGGUCACCAAACCUAAAAUAGACAUUUAGUAAAUAUGUCAAUCUUCUUAAACUUUCACACAAGUUAUGCUGGUUAUCCCAAAAUGUGGCUGCAAUAAUUUCACUAUACACUUUGCUCUAUAAGCAGCCAUGUUGGACUCAGAGACUCACUGAACUGUAGGCCAAAAAGCCUAGUUUCUAAUAACACGUGCAUCCCUGUGCAUUACUGGUGUCUGCUUUGUAUAAAGCACUUUGUAUUUUAGGUUUGCUGUUCCCUUCCCCUGGCUCAGGUUACGGGUGCCAAUGAGUACAAUAUGAAAGACUGCCCCCUCAGGCGCCACGAGAUUCGUCCCCAAUGCCAGCCCUUGGUGUUUCUGCCCCAUAAUGCCCUGUGUGUAAUUGGGUGCAUUGUUAGACUCUCGUGCCCCUUUUAUUGCCCGGCAGGGAUGUCUUCAACUGCUGCUGGCAUUUACCCCAACCAGCGCCUGCUGUGGGAUGCUGGGAACUGUAGUUUAGAAGCAGCCCGGACAUCACGGUAUCACAGCUAUUUAGACAUAAACAUAGCCAGAUGAAUAUUUAAAGGGGAAAUUCACCUUUGAAUACAGUUGGAUGGUUUAAAUGGACCUGUUCUAAGCAACUUUUCAUUUGCUCUUCAUUUUUUUAAUAUAUAUAUAUAGGUUUUUUUUUAAUUAUUAACUUUCCUAGCAUACUACUAAAAAAUGUUUUAUGGUUGUUGGGAUCACUGACUAUACAGGCCCUCUACUACUCAUUCCUCCAUUUAGACUUUAAACUGCUGCCUGGUUGCCAAGCCUGGACUGGCAAUCUGUGGAUUCUGGCAAAUGCCAGAGGGUUGCUGUAAGAUGCCAUAGACAGUCACUAUUUAUUGGGCUGGUGGGGGCUGUUUGGGCCUCUGUUUAUUUAAAAUGCCAGGGCCUAUUUUGAAUCCCAGUCCAGACCUGAUGGUUGCUAGGGUAAUCAAGCCCUAGCCACCUGGCAAACUAAAAAACAAAUUAAAUAGAAAGUCCGGAUUAUUUUAGAAUACCACUGUUUAAAACCAAUGUUAAGGCAAACUACCACUUGAGCCAAUUGUUUCUCAGAUUGGGAGGUGGAACACAGACAGGUGAAGCCUUUCUGGACUCAGCACCGCAGUUAUUACCAGCUAUAUAGAACCAAUGCAUUGCAGUUCUUCUUGUUAUAGCUUGUUGUUUAAAGGAAAUUUAUAAAUGUAUAAUAUGGGGCAUUUCUGUGGACGCCUCGUUUGGGGCGAGGUUUCAUAGUGUGCAUCAUGGGUGCUGACACAAUAAUCAUGUGAGGUGUUGGCGAAUAAAGUUCAGGACCACAGUUUUAGGGCAACUAUGAGGGGGCAAGCGAAUCCUCCCAUAAAACACACACUGCUGUGCAGAGAGGCCACUAAGUCACUACGAAACACACAGGGCCAGUGGCAGGUUCUCAAGGCCAAGUGGCCCCCUUGUGUCUCAUUGAUGCAACUUGUAUAUCCCGCCAAGUGCCAAACCGGUGGGCUCCGGUUGUUCUGUUUAUGACUUAAUCUUUGGUGCCAAUAGAAGAAAUGUACUUUAACUCAACCUACCACUGUGCAGCAACAGAUACGACACUGGAUUGUACCCUAAUGCUUGUCUCUGAGCCAGUCCCCUAAAACAGGGCACCCCCACAGGGCCACGUAUAUACACUUUCUUUCUGGAAAGAAACUCACAUUGUCUCUGUUAUCUCUCUGUUGAUGGCCUUGGCAUCCAGUUUUACCAACCAGGCUGGCAGAAUACAGGCCAGAUAUACUCUCUGGGGAAUAACUUAAACCACCCUUCCCUUAGGGAACAUAAUGAUAUGAGAAUCACCAAAGAAAUCCACUUGGCCUGGGACCUCAUGCUUUUAUACAGAACUUUAGGAUGACUCCUAUUUUGAAGCAGAGGAUUUCUUUUGAUAUAAGGGCCAUCACUAAGCAUGGUUCAUCACCGAUGGCAUCACUGGGCACUAUUUAUAUAAGGAUAUAUGUAUGGGUUAUUCAUGGCCCUUGUGUACUGGAAUUGACUGAAUCACACUGAUUAGCUGCAAAACUUCAAAUAAAGGAGCGGAACUCUUUUCUCCAGUUCCAAAGCCUGCUGAGGUCCUGGCGGUGUUACUAACCGCCCCAUUACCCGGCAUGUUGCACUGAGCCUCAGAUAAAAUCUGUUAAAUCCCCUAAGCUCCUCGAGGCCUGGCAUGGAUUUACUUCCUAACUGAUACCUGAUACCACUUCUGCUCAUUGCAUUGCGUGUUCUGGCUCAGGUCCCAGAGUUGCACUCUGUGUUCUGUGUAGGAGGCCUGGGUCGGGAUGCAGACCCUCUUUGCACUCUCCGGCCCAUAGAUCUAGUGCAAGGUACCUGCUUGCACGUUCUGUGCAUGGGGCUUUAAUCCGUGCGCUGCCCCUCGGCCUUGGCGCAGUCUAUAUGUCUUGGACAGGUAGCCUUGUUGCAUGCUGCUCUUGUUUGGCAUUGAAAGCACACAGAGAAUGAAAGAUUUAGGGUUUGAACAAAGAUACAAAUUCAUACAAGUUCAACCUUUGGAGCCAGCAUAUGGAUGCGGCAUAUACAAAGCAUGCAUUUAAUUGACUUUACGAAUGCUGUGAAUGUUUAGGAUUUAUAGGUGCUUUCAGGGACUCCUUAAAUCAGGCUUGGGCAACCUGGGGCAUUUUGGAUGUUAUUGAACUACAUCUUCCAGCUUCACCCGGAUGUCUGGCUAUGAUCUUGGAAGUUGUUGUUCUACACCAUGCCUAUCUGUGCCAUAAAUAAACACUGUGCCAGUGCCCAUUAUCAUGCUCAGACCUAAAUAUUUAGAUACAAGAAUCCUAUACGGACAAAGGUGUGUAAAAUAUAUACAAUCACACACGUGUUGUGUUUCUGUGUGACAUCAUAUGUGCAGUAUAUGGCAGUUAGAAAUGACAAAUGUAGGUAUGCAACACUUGGGACAUGCCACCUAUGCCCACCCUGUGUCCCUCCAGCUGUUCUGAAAGUCAAUUCCCAGCAUAAAGUAGGGCGCAGGGAGUUUAUUAGCAGGGUCCCACACGGUGUCCCAGCAGGGUCCCACACAGUGUGUAUAUGUGAAUAAGAACAUGCAGUAGUCAGAGGGAAGCCAAAAAUGCACAAAUACCAAGCACAAAUACCAGUAAUUAUGUAUGGAGCAAAUUCCUCAAGUGCCCUCAGACCUGGGCUGCUUUGGGUAGUUCUAAAAUGCCCAUCAGGUCUUUGCUGCAAAUCCCUCCAGGAAGUGAAAGUGUUAAUUUAUAUAGAUAUAGGCGUAAUGAACACCAGGUUAGGGUUGGAGGGGGGCUGCCUGCCAAAGCACAAUGUUUAACCCCAUGAUGUGUAUGAUUAUCCAGUUCAAAAAGGGAGUCACAGGUCUCUGCACUAUGGAGUGGAACGUAAAGGCCUGUGAUGCAACAAAAGAACAAAAAAAAAAUGGUUGAUUGUGAUCUUUUUUAGCACGCUGCAUUCGGUACACUCUGAAAGGCCGCCUGGGAUUGGUAAACUAUUACCCCCAUGUUAUUGAAUUCUGACUCCCUCUCUUGAAGUCAUGAGUGAGCUGAGUAUGAGCAGCCUUUUCUCUAUGUGCUGUGCCGGUGGGUGGCAUUCAGAUCUGACAGUCAGGAUGCAUUAAAGGGCGGGAACAGCAAUACCUCCUGCUUGUCAGAGCUAUGUUUACCCACAGGAAGUGUGCUUCCCGCUAACCAUGCCAUUGUAAUGGUUGUGUGGCAUAGGAUACCAGAAACCUGUGAAAGUGGCAUAUCAGUUUCAUGUUACCUACAAUAGCUUGUGUUUUGCUAAAUCUGCCCUACAGCAUAGCAACUAUCAGCAUAGCAACUAUCAGCAUUUCAGAAGAUGAAGGCAGGUGCUUUCUUCAAGACAUAACAAUAAUAAACUAGUAAACUGUGUUGUACACUCACCUUUGUAAUAUAAAUAUGUAUUGCACAUAUCCUUGCAAAGGAUUACCAGUUUCAAAAUGGCUACUUUCUUUCCCAUUGUUGGAUCCAGCCCACUAUAAAUGCCCCCUCUUUGCUGGAAGUCAAUCACCAUCAUCACAUCAUGGCUAAUUAAUGAAGCUGAAAGAUUACUCUUUAUUUACAUUAAAAAAAAAAUAUAGUCCAUAGACUUGUAUGACCACCAUGCAACAUUAUUAUGGCCACAUCAGGCAGAACGACCACUACAUUUAAUGGCCAUUUAACUAUGAGAGUUGUAGCUAAAUGUAGCAGGUGCACUGGGGCUCCGGCACCUAUAUGGAACCACUCAGUCCUUCAUAUGGAAAUAUUAACCAUUUGUGCAGUGAUUUUCUUUGCAUUAAGGGCCCCAAAAUAACCCAAUGCCACUGCUUAGUAGCACCACUGAUCUUCUUUGUACAUAAAAUGGUGGUAAAAUAUGAUUUAAACAUGGUUUGCUCCGUGACCUACACAUGCUUGUGACAUUGUGACUUUGUUGCAGGUUUUUGGGAAUGGAAUAGGUUUUAGGGUAGGGUAACAGGAUAGAUCAGGGGUGUAGACUAAAAUGACCCAUUUCUCAUGGGAGAUGUGAGUUUGUGACCGCACAACUAUAGGGUUUGUACGCGGUGGCCAAUAUUUUGCUUGGCCAAGAGGGAUGAGUUGGAUUGUGUGCUAGGCACGUACUGGGCGACCACGGCUAUCUAAAUAAAAAGGAAGAUUCCUAGGAAUUAGCACUCAAAUAGAACUUGUAAUUACAAUGUACCAAGGGAAAUCAAACUACAGACAUUAAAUCAACUAAACUAUUUUCCACUGAGUACGGACAAAGGGUUAUCCCCUCAGCAUUAUACUGACUGCAGAUUGGAUUGAUGUGACCAGCCUUAGUACUGUAUGUUACAGCAAGUUCAGUUUAAAGGAUCAUAUCCGAAGGCACAUGGGCCCAGUUUGAAGUAAAACGCAGUAGGAGGGGCUGGCUAUUGCUAUAUAUUUCUUGUUAUGCAGCCAGAUCUACUUACCUUUGCUAUUUAUACUAGAGUAUUUAUCCUGUCCAGUAGCAACCUACAAGUCAUGUGUUUGUACCACUGUCUGCAAUGAAUUCUGGGUACUGUAGUCCAAUAUACCUUACCUGUAUGUUCUCAAACUGUGUUUAUGCCUCUGCAUCCUCUCUGACAAUAUACUCACGCACUGUGCUGUUCCCUUAUGCCACCCUCGGGCCCAUAAUGCAGCUGUACAGACUCUUCUAUAACGACCCGUCGGGUCACCACAGAAAAGCACAUGACUCGUAGCCACUUCUGAUUGGCUGUUUCUACUUCUAUGGUGUUGCCAGGUAACAUUAGAGGAACCGCUGAUUGGCUGUCCCUGCAUAAUAAUAAUAUUAUCCUAUAAAUAUUGUCAAUGUUGUGUAUGGAGACUGCUCCAGCCGUGUGUCUGAUGCCAUAUGCUACUUAUAUGCUAAUGAAUCCCAUGUAGAAUAAUAAACAUGACUGGAAUAUUAAAUAAAUGGAAACAUUUUUAGGA